GCAGUUGUGGGCAAGGCUAUCCCCUGCUUAUCCCCUCCCAAACUUGUCUCCUUAGCAUAUUCCGUUGAGCACUAUGGCGGCCGUGACCAUCCUUCGCCUUCCUCUCGCCCGUCUCUCCUCCCACCUCAGAUCCGUCCCUGUCAAGACCCGAGCUUCUGAAGUCCCUUCCCCUCGCCUCCACACCUUCACCUCCCACCGCCUCCUCUCCUCCCUGGUCCACGGCCCCACCUCCGUGGCCGUGGCUGAGGCGGCGGAGGAGCUGGUCGAUGCAACGAAAGAGAGCCACGAGGAAACGGAAGUGGCCGAGGCGGAGGCGCCCCGGCUGUUCGUGCUCCCGCUGUUGCCGCGGCCGAAGCUGAGCGUGAAGGAGCGGAAGGAGCUGGCCUCGUACGCGCAUGGCCUGGGGAAGAAGCUCAAGUCGCAGCAGGUCGGUAAGGCUGGCGUCACGCCCUCCCUUGUCUCCGCCUUCACCGACAACCUUGAGUCCAAUGAGCUCCUCAAGGAAAUUCUAAAGAUUCACGGGAACUGCCCCUUGGAGCUACCUGAUGUGAUACUGCAACUUGAGGAGUCAACAGGAUCCAUCGCUGUCGAUCAAAUCGGCCGCUCCGUUAUUCUAUAUAGGCCUAGCACCAGCAAGAUGAAAAAGAAGCAAGAAGUUGCUAAAAAUACUAGAAGAUUUGUAAAAUCUGAAGCAUUGGAAGAACGUCCUAGAUACAGCUCAAGCAAAAGAUUUAUUAAACCUGGAUCAACAUUUAGGCCUCAACAGAAGAGAAGACAAAUGACAUCCAAGGGAUUGUCAUACAGCCGAGGAUAGCUGCAACAUAAA